AUGAUGUUCAACCUCCCAAGAACGGCUCUAGCAGUCUUGCUCGCCUACAGUUUCGGUUCCGGCACUUCUGCACUCGCCAUUCCCGAUGACGCUAGCGAAGUUGCUUCCGGUUUGGUACCGGCAGGAGAGCUAACAGCACGCGCUUGCUCUGCCCGUUGCUAUGUCAAGGUUGAUGGAGAGUUUAAAAGAAACGGCUGCGAUUUAGGCCCGGUUAGCUAUGGGGUCGUGUCCAAUCUUGCAAACUCGCAGCUGCAUUCGGUUCAUGGAAGCAUUCGACACAACACCCAGGCCACCCCUGGUGGAGGAAGCGCCAACCUCAACGCUGAGAGGGUCAAAAUCACCGCUCAGGGUGAUAUUACCAUUACAGUUCAUAACAACUUUGCUAGAAACUGUGCUGCUCUGCUCAACAUUGUCGACCAAAGUUUCAGUGGCAACACUGUCGAGGUAUACGUUGGUCCUUAG